GGGCUCGAGGCGGCGGGCGGGGCCUUCGCGAGGCGAGAGCCGCGGCCUGAGGGAAGGGGCGCGCGCGGCGGCGGAGCUGCCUCUGGGGCGGCGCCGGGACCGUCCCGUCCCCGCCUCGGCCCGGUAUCAUCGGCGGCGGCUCCGUGUCGGCCCGGUCUGACUCCUCCUCCUUCGCCGCCGCCGCCUCCCGGCGUGGGUAACCAACCAAAGAAGUUAUGAAUAUCAUCUGUGGUUUAAAGUUGCCUGGCAGGAACUGUAUUUUCUUUCAUUUGGCUUCUUUCACCAAGCAGGGGAAAUGCAAUAACCUCUGUAGGUCUUACUCAGGAUGUUGCCGAACUCAAGUCAGUUGUACACGAGAAAAAUGCCAAAGGCUGGAUUUGAGUAGAAAUACUAGAAACUGGUUUUGGACUGGAAGGUCUGACUCCUGUAGAAACUUCACUGGUAAAGGAUGGAGGUGUCUUUUGAAUGUCUCAAAUGCAGAAGUAUACAAGAAUGCACACCACAAUUCAGAACGGUUUUGCUUCCAACCUUCUCAGCUGUUGGGGGAGAAGACCACAUCCCUCCAGAACAGUUCUCUAGGGCAACUCCCACAUCGUUUUUCUGCUUGGAACACUCAGGUCAUCAGGUCUUUUCGCACAUCACCACCAUUUCAGGCUGCACCAGUUCCUCUUUUCUGGAUUAUUGUUAAGCCAGCUCAGAAGUUAUUUGCUAUCAUUCUUGGCAGGAGCAUAAGAAACUGGUGGAAAGCACUUCCUCCUAAUAAACGGGAACAUUUUAAAGAAAGUGCAAGGAAAAAUAAAUGGAAGAUACUCCUGGGUUUUAGUAGCUUAGGAGUUUUAUUUGUCAUGUUUUAUUUUACUCACUUGGAGGAGACACCCAUCACUGGGCGCGCUCGACUGUUGGUGUUUGGAAAAGAGCAUUUUAGGGAACUGUCUCAGAUGGAAUAUGAUAUGUGGAUGGAAGAAUUCAAAAAUAAAAUGUUGCCUGAGACAGAUGCGCGCUACCAGGUUGUGGAGAGAGUUGUUGGUCAUUUAUCUGAAAGCAAUAAAGACAUCCCACAGGUCUCAGCACUCAAGUGGGUUAUCCAUGUGGUAGACGAACCAGGUGUAAAUGCUUUUGUGCUUCCAAAUGGCCAAGUGUUUGUUUUCACUGGGUUGCUCAAUGCAGUUUCUGAUAUUCAUCAGCUGUCUUUCAUUUUGGGACAUGAAAUAGCUCAUGCUGUGCUGGAACAUGCAGCAGAGAAAGCCAGCCUGGUUCACUUCUUGGAUUUUCUCUCGCUCAUCUUUCUCACUAUGAUUUGGGCCAUCUGUCCCCGUGAUAGUUUGGCAGUUGUUGGCCAGUGGAUUCAGAGCAAGUUGCAGGAGUUUAUGUUCGAUAGACCGUACAGCAGAACAUUGGAGGCUGAAGCUGAUAAAGUCGGACUUCAGUUGGCAGCAAAGAUCAACCCGAUCUUUCCACUGACAGACCCUGGUACUGGUCAGGAGGCACCUGGCUACAGCUCAGGACAGGCUCUUAAAAUAAGAGAGAGCUGCAAUUGCCCAUCUCUUUCUGGACCAGAUCCUCGCCUCAUUUUCAGACUUAACAUGCAACAUCUUCUGGAAUCAUCUAAAGAUCAAGAAACCCCAAAUUCUACAAAGCCAGAUCUCUCAAAACCAAAACUGGAUUUUCCUCACACUCAAAAAGUGGAAGAUAUGCCAGUAACUUUUGCAGUCAAACCUACAAACUAAUGAUGAUAAUUUUCAUGUUUUAUGGAACUUGUGGUCCCUGAAGGUCUGUCUUAUAACAAGAAUUUGUCUUUGAACUAUAAAGAAGAUGUAGCCACUCAUAUUCUAUGUUUCUUUUAUGUGAUCUCUCAUUCAAAGCAAUAAGGAACCAUGCCCACACAAGAAGAGCAGCGUGUUGGAGCAGAAAGUUUCUUAUUCAUCAAGAGUUACUAAAAUAAAUCACUUCUCAGGGGAAAGAUAAUCUCAUACAAUCCAGUCACACAGUGUAAUUUUCAGUGUUAUCAGGCUCACCUUGAUCAGAGGACAGAUAAGCCAGAAGUGUCCCUAAAGCAGAGGAAAAAGUACCAUUUUCAUCACUUAAUUUGUCUGGUUUAUCUUGCUGUAAUUUGGGUUAGAUCUGUUCGGCUUCAUUUGAGAAAUAAUGAGGAGAGCUUACCACCUGUUCCACAUACAGAAUGUUUAAAAAUAUUAAGCUGAGAUGCGGUAAUAGCCUAUGGGCUAGAUACACCCCCACUUAAUUAGGUGGAUUUACUGCUGGGAUUUUUCUUCUUUCUAAGGCAUUUUAGAAUAUGGAUUGAUUCAACAUUUCUCUUCAAAGCACCCUGAAAGGGUUGCACAAAGUUCAAUUUUAAAAAAGGAGUUAAAUAAUUUUCAAGGAAGUCUUUUUUCUGAAAAAAACACAGUUUGUAGCUUGGAAGGCUGGCUGUUGUCUUUUUGAAAUGAUCAGGGUGCCUUAUCAGAGGCUGGUUUUAGUGCAAUGACAUCUGAUUUGGAUAUAUCUAUUUGGAUAGAAGUGGUUGCUGAUGUGGAAAUAUAUUAUGUAGUAGACAUACAGCAAGAUUCCUUGACUGCACAGCUUUUUCAGCUGUACCUUAUCCUGAAAGGUGACUUCUCUUCAGAAAACUGGCAUCUAAUGCUGAGCAUUUCCCCGUCCCUUGAAUCCCCCUGAAGCCAUAUGUUUUAUAGUGUGAAGACCAGUAUGCACAAUAUAGGUAAAGCUCAGUAUAGCCAGCAUGCUCAUCUUCAUUUGCAACUGUUUGAGUUAUCCUUGCUUUGAAGCUGAUGAAAAUACUGAAAUGUCGAUCUUGCAGGAAGACAUAGAAAGAGGCAGAAGUGAAUGGAAAAAAAAUCAAACCAACAAAACCCCUUCCUUUAUCUGUUAAGAUGUACUUCCUAUUAGAUUUUGCAGCUCACUUGUAUUAAAACAAAAAUCUGUUUUAUGUAUGUUAGGGUUUUACAUGAAGGGGGAUAUUGAAAAUGUUUUACAGUGAAUUGUAUUUUGAAAGAUCCUUUUUUAUACAUGGACAGGGACAGAUUUUAUCAUAUUUCUU